AUGGUUGCCGUCGGACCCCGGGUUUCCAAGGAAGAAUUCAUGCACGCGCUGAACCUUAGUGCCCAGAACGCUCAGGACGAGCAGUUCUACCGCGCUAUGCGAGAUGAAGCAAUAAUGGUCUACAACCGCAUGAACCAAGACACCUCCCACCUUCUCGACAGCGUACGCGCAGACCCAAACACCCGACCCCCAUUCUUCUGGCACCAUAUCCGGCCCGAGCAGCAGCGCCUCGCCAUCAUGGAAAUUUGGCUGAAUGCCAGCCCACUCACACGACGAUUCUUUGACUGCGGCGGUACGAAUGGCGAGUACGGACCCAACUGGGUUGCUGGGUGGUUGCUGUAUAGUGUGUUUCGGUCGAGGGAUGUGCGGAAUAAUCGUAAUCGAAGAAAGGGGGAGAGUGGUGCUGUUGCUGAUGGGAAAAAACAGGCGGAGGAGACGACGUCGCCGAAGAAAGGCUAUUACGACCCCGUGCGGAAUGGAACACUGUAA